AUGUCUUGGGUCCAAUGGUCCUUGGGGAGCAAAAUCAGCCCGGCCGUACUCCUCAUCAUCGUCCUCGUAGCAGUUGUACUCUUCGCUGCGGCGUUUGUACACCUCCUGGUAAGGUACCUCUCCACGCCGAGAUCCACAAUUUUCCGAGACUACCCCGACUCGCCGGCGGCCUCCGGCGGCGCCGCCUACCAGCGGCAGCUCCAGCAGCUCUUCCACCUGCACGAUGCCGGCCUCGACCAGGCCUUUAUCGACGCGCUCCCUGUCUUCGCGUACGACGACAUCGUUACAGGGUCGUCGACCGAGCCCUUCGACUGCGCCGUGUGCCUGUGCGAGUUCACGGAGCACGACCGACUCCGGCUACUGCCCUCCUGCAGUCACGCCUUCCACGUCGAGUGCAUCGACACGUGGCUGCUGUCCAGCUCGUCGUGUCCCUUGUGCCGGGGGGUGAUAUCGUCAUCUGGGUUCUCGUUCGACAACCCCAUUUUCCGCUUCGAGGAUUCCGGCGACGGCGGGGGCGUUUCUGGGACUUCCGGCGAAGGUGAGGGUGGGAACGGCGGCGCGAUAAGCGGGAGGAGGGUUUUCUCGGUGAGGCUCGGCAAAUUUAGGAAUGUGAACAGCAAUAGUGGUAAUAAUGACAACAAUGGGGGAAAUCAAGAAACUGGCGUUGGGGAGAGCAGCGGCUUUAGUGGCACCGGCGAUUUGGAUGCGAGGCGGUGUUUUUCGAUGGGUUCGUUUCAGUAUGUGGUGGCUGAUUUGGAUCUGCAGGUGGCGGCGCUGUGCUCCGGUGGUGGUGGGGGAAGGGGAAGAGGGCAGAAUUGUAAUUUCACAUUUGGUGAUGGGGUAGUUGGUGGCGGUGAGGUUGAGGGGAAGAGGAUUUACGGUGGUGGUAAAGGUGAAAGCUUUUCUGUUUCCAAGAUAUGGCUUUGGUCCAAGAAAGGUAAAGAUGAAUUCCCAAGCUUGCCAUGA